AAUCCUUCUAAAACUGCUAAUUAUCUUAAUACCAUUGCUGAUGUUUCUACUCGAUGGAAUUUUAGUUAUCUAGCUUGUAGUAUCAAUCCUACUAUUGCAAUAAUCAUGACGAAGGUUUAUCCAUCAACUAGCUCUAUAAAUAAUUUUGAUCUUAAUAAAACUGGCGAUGCUUUUAAUGAAAUUCUAGAAUUGGAAAAAAAUGAAGAUCAAAUUCAAUUGCAAGAAAAAAUUAAAAUUAAUAUUAAUAUACCUGUUGAAACUCAAGAACUUUUUGAUCAAGUAAAAAAGAAUUUGUAUAAGAAAGAUACAGAGAAUGAAUUAUAUAAACAAUAUGAUAAUAUAAAGUUAGAUCAAUCUAAUCCUACUUCUUUACCUCCAACUCCAUCACAACAAUGA